AUAUCAUGUAAUGCCAAUGGGCACGCUUGUUUUCCUCGCCCUGCUUUCUUCGGCGGCUGUGGUUGCCUGCCACGGGGCAUGUCCCUCGGGUAACAGGGAGCAUUGCCAUUUUGACGCUGGAAGGAGAGAACGCGCCCCAGAUGUGGCUGCAGCUUUGCAAGUUUCCCACCAGACGAUUGAUACAUCUGCAGCCAACCAGAGCAAGCUUGCAACAGAUUCUGUGACCCAAGAGGGCUUUCUGCCCCGUGACUGGCCCCGAGAUGAUGAAAGCCGAAGUCCAUCUGUCCAUGAUCCCUGUCCAGACUUCCUGCUUCAAAAUCGAUUGCACUACAGAAUCCCUCUGGAGCCAAGAACAUCGCCGGCAAAGGUGAUCGACACCUUUGCCUUCAGCUUUGCAUCGGAAGCCGAGGAGUUGCUACUACGAUUCUAUGAAAUGGGCGAGGAGGUGUCUGAGUUUCACAUUGUGGAGGGCGAUCGGGACUUCACAGGAGCGAUGAAGCCGUACAAUUUCGAAGCGUUGCUGAACAGUGGGCAGCUGGAUCCCUGGAGAAACAAGAUCACAUACCACCAGGUCAAGAUCCCUGCCGGCGUGAAAGGCUAUGCGCUACAGGAAGCACAGAGGCAAGCUUUGCGAGCACAGGUGAAUUCUUUCAGGGGCUACAACAAGGACGACAUCCUCUUGGAAGGGGAUUUGGACGAGAUUCUGAGCCAUAAGCUGUUGCAAGCCCUGAAGACUUGCAAGCCAAUGAAUAACAUUUGGAGAGCCCAUGUCCGCAUGGCUGACCUGAUCUAUAGCGUUGCAUGGACGACGGGCAACGUGUCCUUUGGGACAACUUUUGGCUUUUUCAACGAAGGGGGAGCGCUGGCUGGUGUUGGUUUUGUAAGGGAUGAAGGAUUUUUGCAUUGGGAUCAUGAGCUGAGUGCCGUGGACGGGAGCCACGUUGCUUGGCAUUUUUCCUUUAUGCUCAAUGGCCCUGCUGCCCUUGCGCACAAGAUCUUCAUCCGCACAGAAAGUCGCCCGGAUUUUGCCAAAGAAUUCCGCACGGAAGAUGAUCUGGCAACUUUCAUAGCCAGUAGUUUCUACGCUGACCCGAGCCACCAUGAUCAUCCCAUCUUUCCUUCGAAGCUUGGAAAGAAAGACUUGCCUCAGGCGCUCGUACAGCACCCAGAAAAGUUUCCAAGCAUUCUGCGCAAUGUCAAGUGGUAGACCGAGUGGCAUUGACAGGCGCUGUUCGCACAUGGAAAAAAAACUUUGAAUUCCCG